UCUCAACUAACCAUGUCGAUCUCGACCUCCGUGCGGUGGUAGUUCAAGUCACUCAAACCUCCUCGUUUACCGCUCCUCGAGAAGGUUCAGGUUCGAAUCCCUCGUUCCUCGCGUUCGGUCCGCGGUGAUAUCGACGAGUGUGUGUCAAGUGUUUGUGAAGUCACCUAGGAUGAGUGUGUCCCGUUGAUGGAGGGAGUUGCGAUGACAUAGAGCUUGGGCAAGAAUGGGCACCGUUCUGAGCUUCAGUCCGCGGGAGAGGCGGCCAGUAUACACGACGACGAGUCACAGCAUGCCGGGCGGGCCGGGGGAGCUGACCCUCAACAACCUGGCCUACGAGCACCUCAACAACGUGAAGAACAUGAACCAGGCGCUGGUCCCCUCGGUGAACAACAUCAACAACAACAACAUAAACAAUGAGAACAUCAAGAUCCUCUCGGAGAAGAACGCCCUGGACAAGAGCUUCAAGAAGCACUCGCUCUUCAUAAACGCCCUCAGCUGGAAGCGGUUCUCGACGGCCAACAACAACAAGAAGAAGCUGGACAGCAAGAACAAGAACCUGACGCUCACUUACCGGCCGCCGCUCAACGACAACGUGAACCCGAUCAUCAUGGACAAGAACAAGAACAUCCAGAAGUCGGGCACCAUCUCCUGCUACUACCCGGUCGUCAAGAGCGCCACCACGGCCUGCAUCUCCAGCAGCGUCACCCUCGACCUCACCACAUGCCCGCCCCCGCCGCCCUCCAACAUCAACAACAACAAAGACACUAGCAAUAACAACAACAAUAACAACAACAACCACUCGAAUUCCAACCGCAAUAACAAUAACAACAUCAAUAGUAGUAACAAUAACAAUAACAUCAACAGUAACAAUAACAAUAAGAGUAGUAAUUUUAGUGAGAAGUUAGCGCCCAAGCAGAUCCUAGUGCCGGCCCCGACCAACACGUGCACGUCCCAGUUGCUCCCCAAAAAGACGGUCAUCCAGGCCUCCACCUCGGAAUUGCUCAAGUGUUUAGGAAUCUGUCUGCAUAUCAAGUGCCACCGACUCAAAGACUUCCAGGCCGCUGACGCCAUCAUGUGGCUCAGGACCGUCGACAGGAGUCUCCUCCUUCAAGGCUGGCAGGAGGUGGCGUUCAUAAACCCGGCGAACGUGGUGUUCGUCUACAUGCUCAUCCGGGAGCUGGUCGACGGCGAGGCCGUCCGCUCGUGCGCCGAGCUCCAAGCGGUGGUGCUCACCUGCCUCUACCUCUCCUACUCUUACAUGGGCAACGAGAUCUCCUACCCUCUGAAGCCCUUCCUCGUGGAGGAGUGCAAGGAGAACUUCUGGAACCGCUGCUUGUCCAUCAUCGACUCCCUCUCCGGGAGCAUGCUCCGCAUCAACUCCGAGCCGGCCUUCUUCACCGAGGUCUUCACCGAGCUCAAGGCCUUCGGCACGUCCCAAGUCCACCAGGUCACCGCUCCGGCUUGACCGGCCCCGACCCCCAAGCCCGAGGCCCCGCCCCCCGGGCCCCCGAGGCUCCGCCCCCCGGAGGCCCCGCCCCCCGCAGCCCCCGUCCUCGUCAAGAUCAACCUCGCCAGGGUUUCCGACCAGUUCACCACCGCCCUCUAGCCCCGCCCGAGGCUCCAUUCAGCCUCCUUCUAAGACCUUAGAUGCAAAAUCUCAUUCAAAUUAAUGAAAUUCAAUUUCACAAUGGUAAUUCAUAUUUUCUGAAACUUCGUUCCUAUUGAUACGAGUCUCAAAUACUAGAGGCUCGUGUUCAUCAGUAUUUCUUCAUAACAACUUCUUGCAAGAUAUUUUCAGCUAUAAAGAGUCGACCGGAAAAUUUAAGAGUAAACAAAAUGCGAGGAUAGGAUCUCUUCUGAGCGUUCUUCGGCAACUUGAAAAACUCGUGUGGUUUGGCAAUUCCAUUUAUCCGGGGAAGUGGUCAACUAGUCAUGCUAUCGUGCUUUCCUCUCGUAAUCUUCUUGAUGUCUACGGGUACCUAUCAGCUGGACGAUUUUGUUGAAAUUCCUCAAAAUUUUCAGUGAAUUUUUUAAAAUAAAGAUAUAUAUAGUUCGAGUAUUCAUAAAAACUCUGCCAACAUCGGUUAAGGGCAUCAUCCUACCUAUUUCUAUUCCGCACGUGUGACAAACGAGGAAAAGAGAUUCAAUCGCAGAAUCAAAUGAAGGAAAAUGACAAUACAUGAUUAGGUCUUUUUAUGUUUCACGCGGAAAAAAUUAUAUAGUUCUAAGCACUAACUGUUUAGAUCAAAUGUAGAUCAUAAUCAGUAACGCUAGUAUGGCAGUAGCACUGAGCCCUAAAACUUUAGGGUCCAGCCCUACAGACUGUAGGUCUCAGCAGUAUUGCCAUAUCAGCUUGCUCCAUUUGAUCUAAACAGUUAGUGCUCAGCACUAUAUCGUUUUUUCCGUGUUUUUUUUUUUGUUCGAGUUGCAUACCCAGUCCCUGAAAUGAAUAUUUCGCAUUAUCGUAAUUUGCACAACAUCACAAAAUUUCACGGCAAUUGUCUAUCUUUUAGAGACUCCUCCUAUUUUUAGCACCCUGACCAGAGGGCAACCCUUUCUAAAAGGAGGUCAGCGCGCGGUAAGCGGUCGUACGUGAGGGCACAGCGAGGGGUUGAUAAAUGACUUUUGGGGACGGGUCGCACGGGAAUCGGCACCCGAAAGCCACAACCAUGCAAAACAGCCCGGAGACGGGGUGAAAUCGGAAGAGGGGGGGAGGGGGGUCGUGUCGCGUUUGACGUGUUGAAAUGCGGACAAUGGUAUGUACAUCGAUUCCGAAGUCGUAAUAGCGCACGGACGAUGCGGAUGACGUCAUGCCGGGUCGCAACCCGGAUGUUUCCGUCACCAGCCGCCAGGUGGCACGAGGGUCGGGAAAACAGAGCUGGAAUGACAUGGAUGAUUAUUUCGAAAUAUUCUGGAUUGAUGUUCAUUUCAUCGUAUCGUAAUUUUUUAGGGGUGCUCCUUGGGGGAAGUUUACGGAAAACCCCACAGUGAAUCCCUUCAGAACCGCUACUUGUCAUAUCACGGGGCGUUCAUAAACUGGACGUAGUUCUGCUAAACGGAACUGUGUGCAUUAAGACAUGAGCCGGUGAGCCCUCCGAUCCAUAAGGAUACAAGCGUAACUGGGCUCACGUCAUAAUGCACAUAGUUCCGCUUGGCAGAAAUACAACCAAUUGUGCAAUGCACUUUUUUUGGCAAUUCGACCCCUCCUCCCUCCCACCUCUUUUUAACGCUUCGUAACGUACCUAACUACGGAUCCCCUUAAUAAUUACGUAACACUUUCCGGACCCCCUCCCCCUUAAGAUCCCGAAAGUUGUGUGGACCUGUUGAAUAUAAUUAUUAUAGCCCGAUAAAAUUGAGAGUAUUUUCAAUGCCAGUGUGACGAAUAACGUGGAGGAAACGAGAAUGAUACAUUUUGGAUUUUGUGUGUCUUUUACCAAUAGAGAAGGUUACGGAACGCAGUUACUGACCGCUCCUAUCCCGCCACUGUAACGCAGGCUCAUGCACCCUCUCCCUCCUCAUAGCGCUGCGUACUUCAUAAACGCUACCUCGACGGCGAAAAUAUGAGCAAUUCAACAGAUCAUGCUCCAGAAUAUGCACGACUUCUGUCACUGCCGUCCGCCAAUACACGGGCUUUCGCUCCGAAAAUGAGAUCGAAGAUUAUCCUCACCGAUUUUUCUUGCGCAAAAGGGCGCGCACGGCGAGCAUCCGCGAGGAGCAUCAACAGAUUCGCGGACGCUGAAAAUCUUGGCGCGCAAUCAUAUUCAAUUAGCGUCGCCCCCACUCCAUUCGCCCCCCACCCUCGUGCCCCCUGUGCCCCUGACAAGCGCGCGGGAUCAAUCUCGACCCCCGAACGAAGACUUCCA